UUUUUGGCAACAAUAUUUCAUCUCCCUCUUUCUCUCUCUCAAUCUCUCUCCUCUCCACCGUCCAACUUCUAUUCUUUAUUCUCCUAUCAAUAAUAUCACUAUCGUUAUCUCUCUAGGGUUCCCCUCUCUCUCUCUCUCUCACAAAUAACUGUAGUACUCAAUUUCACUUCGCAGAUCUUCUCUUCUGCCUUGUUAGCGUUAAGCAAAAAAAAACCCAUAUUUUUUUUUUUCACUGUGAAGGGUUUCCAUUUAUACCGUUUUCAGAUUCCUAGAAAAAUUCUUACUUUAAUUCCUUUCAUUUGUAGAUUUAGUUGUUCUCAGGGUUUUUCAGUUUCUGGGUUUUGAUUUAUAGUUCAAAAGAAAAAAAAAAAGAAAGAAAGAAAGAAAGAAAGAAAGAAAAUUUUGUGGGUAUGGAUGGGUUUGGUAUUGGGGGUGGUAUUGAAGAGCCCCCCAACCCUCAAGAUCUUAAUCAACAUGGAGACAACAAUCCUUCAGGAGGUACAUUAUUUGAUGCAUCACAGUAUGCAUUUUUUGGCAAAGAUGUUGUUGAGGAAGUUGAGUUAGGCGGGUUGGAAGAAGAAGAGGAUAUGUUGCCUGUGGCUGGUAUAGAGGAGGAGGAAUUUCUGUAUGAUCGAGAAGAGGGUGAGGAUUUACGAUCUCUGUCUGAUAUUGAUGAUCUUGCUAGUACUUUCUCAAAGUUGAACAAGGCUGUUAGUGGACCAAGAAGCACAGGAGUUAUUGGUGAUAGGGGAUCCAGAGAAGGUUCAUCUGUUGCUGAAUGGGCACAAGGGGAUGAUUUUCCUUACUGGUUGGAUCCACAAGUAUUUGACCCCGAAAACACUCAGGACGGCAAACGAUGGUCGUCGCAGCCAUCUGGACGCCUUGCAGAAUCGAAGUCUUUGUACAGAACAUCUUCAUACCCUGAGCAGCAACAACAGCAGCACCACCAACACCACCAACAUUUCUCCAGCGAGCCAAUUCUAGUGCCAAAAUCUUCUUUUACGUCAUUUCCUCCCCCUGGUGGCAUGUCUCCUCAGGCUUCACCAAACCACCCCUCAGGCCACCCGAAUAUGCCAUAUCUUGCUGGUGGACCUGAGAUGGCAUUAUCUUCGUCAAAUUUGUCUCCCUUCUCUAAUUCUCAGCUUCAGUUGACUGGUUUACACCAUGGUUCAAAUUUUGGUGGAAAUAUGUCUCAGUUUAGUCAUGGUCCCUCUAUGAGUAGCCGACCACCAAAUCAAUGGGUUAACCAGUCCAACUUUUAUCCUGGAGACCAUUCCAGCCUCGUGAACAAUUUGUUGCAACAACGGUUACCUCAUCAGAAUGGGUUAAUGCCACCACAAGUAAUGGCACAACCACAGCCACAGCAGCAUAGGAUGCACCACCCUGUUCAGCCAUCAUUUGGCCAUUUAUCGGGGUUUCAAUCACACCUAUUUAAUCCCCAUCUUUCUCCAGGCCCGCCCUUAAUGAGCAAGUUUGAAGCAAUGCUUGGAAUGUCUGAUCUAAGAGAUCAAAGACCGAAAUCAGCUCAGAAAGGGAGACAGAAUCUCCGGUUUUCCCAACAGGGUUUUGAUACCAGUAGCCAUAAGAGUGAUAUUGGGUGGCCGCAGUUUAGAUCAAAGUAUAUGACAUCUGAUGAGAUAGAGAGUAUCCUUAGAAUGCAGCUUGCGGCAACACACAGUAAUGAUCCAUAUGUAGAUGACUAUUAUCACCAGGCUUGUCUUGCUAGAAAAUCUGCUGGGGCAAAGCUUAGACAUCAUUUCUGCCCAAAUCAACUGAGGGAUCUUCCUCCUCGAGCCCGUGCUAAUGCCGAGCCACAUGCUUUUCUCCAAGUUGAUGCUCUUGGGAGAGUUCCAUUUUCUUCAAUUCGUAGGCCUCGCCCACUUCUUGAAGUUGACCCUCCAAAUUCAUCUGUUGCUGGUGGCACUGAGCAAAAAGCUUUGGAGAAGCCCCUGGAGCAAGAGCCGAUGCUUGCAGCUAGAGUCACAAUUGAGGAUGGCCUUUGUCUUCUUCUUGAUGUAGAUGAUAUUGACCGUUUCUUACAGUUCAAUCAGCUUCAAGACGGUGGAGCCCAGUUGAGACGGAGGCGGCAAGUCCUGCUGGAAGGGCUGGCAGCAUCGCUUCAACUGGUUGAUCCACUUAGCAAAGAUGGCAAUACUGUUGGGCUUGCUCAUAAGGAUGAUUUUGUGUUCUUACGAUUGGUUUCUCUUCCCAAGGGGCGUAAGCUCCUUGCAAGGUAUCUUCAGCUUCUCCUUCCAGGUGGUGAGCUCUUGCGAAUAGUCUGCAUGGCAAUUUUCCGUCAUUUAAGGUUCUUAUUUGGUGGCCUUCCAUCUGAUCCAGCAGCAGCAGAAACAGCAAAUAAUCUUGCAAAGGUUGUUUCACUGUGUGUACGUAGCAUGGAUCUUAGUGCAAUCAGUGCCUGUCUAGCAGCAGUAGUUUGUUCCUCUGAGCAGCCCCCACUCCGUCCUCUUGGAAGCUUAGCUGGAGAUGGGGCUUCCCUGAUUCUAAAAUCUGUUCUUGAGAGGGCAACUGAACUCUUAACUGAUCCUCGUGCUGCUAGCAACUAUAAUAUAACUAAUCGGUCACUUUGGCAAGCUUCAUUUGAUGAAUUCUUUGCCCUUCUCACUAAGUACUGCAUAAAUAAAUAUGAUUCCUGGCUUAUGCAAGCACAAACCCCUAUGGCUGCUAUUGGGUCAGAUGCAGCAAGAGCUAUUAGUAAGGAAAUGCCAGUUGAGCUGUUGCGUGCAAGUCUUCCUCACACUGAUGAGCACCAAAAAAAGCUACUGUGGGAAUUCGCACAGCGCUCUAUGCCUAUAGGUGGAUUUAACAGUAAUGGUGGGGGAAGUACUGGUGGUCACAUGAAUUCUGAGUCAGUGUUGAGUUGAUGGAAGCUGCUUGGAUAUCUAGUAGAGCCAAUGGGGGACUUAAUCUUAAAAAAGGAUAGUCAUGCAUGGGUCCAGAGAUCUUUUUCUCUCAUGUUUCCAUGCAACACAUUUUUCACAUGGCAGCAGUGCAUCAGGUGGAAGCAUGAAGACCAUCUGCUUGUGAGAGUGUAGUCCCUUAUGGCUAGUGUUUAAUUGUUUUUACCACAUCAUUCCAUACUGGUGCUUUCAGAAAACUAGUAAGCAGGCCCUUGGUGUUUUAUGUCAACUCUCUGCUGAUAUUUUCUCACUCACGCUUUCUAUUUUUUUUUUUUUUUUUUUUUAAAUUGACAGGAGAGCUUAUUUUUAUGCUCUGUUGUGGUCCAGGUGAUAUUAGAGUUGUAGGAAGUUACUAUGUACAGGUUUAGGUACAGGUCGAUGUCCCAUCUUCCUUUACUAUUAUAAACAAGGAUGUGGGAUUUGUUUUAUGUUCACAUCAAUAUGUAAGAGGGUGCAUGCUAUUCCUGGUUGGAAAUGGUGCUCGAGUAUGGAGCUGAUGGUUGGAGUAGGUUUCUGUGCUGAAGACAGCCUGUGAUAAUGGGUGAUUGGUUGAUUAUGGGAUCUUUCUGAAUUGGAAAACAAAACCUGUAAUGAUUCAUACUUUCUCUUGGUCUUCCUUCAAACCUGUUUUUGUAUUCUGUUUGUUCUCCUGUUUUUUUUUUUUUAGUACUUUCUCAAGUUGUAUAAAUCUUUUACAGGCUAGUUUUACGUUCGUCUACCUUAUUGGUCUGACCGUACUAGGUCAGCCGUUUAAGUUGUGGUUUGGGUUUUGCACUUUAGUCAAUAAAUUGCUUUUAUAUUUGCUCUUC